UAAAUUCAGGCAGAUUUCAUUCUUGCUGGCCACAAUUUUUAUUUAAAUAUUAAGAGAAGGUAAAGGAAAGUGUUUGAUUUUAUAAUUCAUCAGAAAUAAAAACUAAUCAAAAAAAAUAAAAAGAUUAAACACUUUUAUAAACUCUUUUACUAAUUUAAAAUGAAUAAAUCUUUAUUACUUAUUGCCUUUGUGCUAUUUGCUGCACAUGUAAAUGCUUAGUGUGCUUCUAACGCUCAAGGAAAUGUAGGUUCUUGUAUGUGCAAUCAAGGAUAUUAUGGUGUUAAUGCUGAAAAUGGAGGUACUUGUAAUUAGUGUCCUUCUGGAACUACUACUGCUUCUCCUUCUUUAUCAGCUGGUGGUAAUACAAAUGCUAGUGCUGAUUUAAGUGUAUGUAACUAAUGUUAAGCUAACUACUACAUGACUGCUGCAGCUGCCGCCGCUUCUAAUGGUAAUGCUGCCACUGCUGCUUAAUGCUCUAACUGCCCCACUGGAACUGGAAAUAACGGAGUAUAAAGCUAAGGUGAUGUUUCCUAAUGUAAUAUCUGCUAAGCUAAUUAUUACUAAAGUGCUGCUGCAGUUGCUGCUUCUAAUGGAGUUACUGCCUCUGCUGUUACUUGCUAAUCCUGUCCUAAUGGAAGUACUUCUGUUGCUGGAGCUGCUCAAUAAGCUAGUGAUUGUUAGUCUAAUUAAACCACAAACUCCAAAACUCUUUUAGUCUCUUUGUCUAUUUUAAUUUUAUCAAUUUUCGUAUGA